AUGCGCCAACUCAGUUAUUUUCACUUUCUUUUGUUUUUCGCCCUUUUGAACCGGUCGAUAAAAUUAACAAGGAGCUUCAGCUUCUACCACAACUUGGAGCACUCGAGCGCCCCCACGUACCUGAAGAAGAAACCCAACAUGGUUUACGACCUCAUAGUCAUUGGAGGCGGAAGUGGUGGCAUGGCCGCGGCUAGGCGAGCAGCCAGGAACAAGGCGAAAGUUGCGCUCGUGGAAAAAUCCUACUUGGGAGGCACCUGCGUGAAUGUGGGCUGCGUGCCAAAGAAGAUAAUGUUUAAUGCUGCGUCCAUUCACGACAUCCUAGAAAAUUCGAGGCACUACGGAUUCGAUACACAGUUCUCCUUCAACCUGCCGCUCUUGGUGGAAAGGAGAGACAAGUACAUACGCAGGUUGAACGAUAUAUAUCGGCAAAAUUUGAAGAAGGACAACGUGGAGUAUUUUGAAGGCAAGGCCAGUCUGUUAAGCGAAAAUAAAGUUUUAAUAAAAAAGGUAAAACAACAAGGCCAUCAUUAUGAUGAUCAGGAGGAUGAUGAAGAACAUUAUUAUGAAGAAGAUGAUGAGGGUGAUGAUGAGGGUCAAGUGAUCGAAGGGAAGAAUAUUCUCAUAGCAGUAGGUAAUAAACCAAUCUUCCCAAAUGUGAAAGGAAUAGAAAAUACUAUUUCAAGUGAUGAUUUUUUUAAAAUAAAGGAAGCCAAAAGAAUAGGAAUCGUAGGUAGCGGUUACAUAGCAGUGGAACUCAUUAACGUUGUUAAAAGGUUAGGAAUGGAGUCGUACAUUUUUGCAAGAGGAAAUAGACUCCUCCGAAAAUUUGAUGAAACAAUUAUUAACGAAUUAGAAAACGAUAUGAAAAAAAACAACAUCAAUAUUAUUACCCAUGCUAAUGUAGAAGAAAUUGAAAAAGUGAAAGAAAAAAAUUUAACCAUUUAUUUAUCAGAUGGUAGAAAAUAUGAACACUUCGAUUAUGUGAUUUACUGUGUUGGUAGAUCUCCAAAUACAGAGGAUCUAAAUUUACAGGCACUCAAUAUAAAGACAGAAAAAAAUUAUAUUAUUGUAGAUGAUAAUCAAAGGACAAAUGUCAAACAUAUUUAUGCUGUGGGCGAUUGUUGUAUGGUGAAAAAGAAACAAGAAAUUGAAGAUUUGAAUUUAUUGAAACUUUACAAUGAAGAAGUAUACUUAAAGAAGAAGGAGAACACCUCUGGCGAUCAAUAUUAUAAUGUGCAGUUAACCCCAGUGGCUAUUAAUGCAGGAAGGUUGCUAGCCGAUAGACUGUUCCUUAAGAGAUCCAGAAUAACCAAUUAUAAGUUGAUACCUUCUGUUAUCUUUUCUCAUCCCCCAAUUGGAACUAUCGGAUAUUCAGAACAAGAAGCUAUUGAUAUAUAUGGUAAGGAGAAUGUGAAAAUUUACGAAUCCAGAUUUACAAACUUGUUUUUCUCUGUUUAUGAUAUGGACCCUGCACAGAAGGAGAAAACUUACCUCAAGUUGGUUUGCGUUGGUAAGGAGGAGUUAAUUAAGGGCCUUCAUAUUGUCGGACUCAAUGCAGACGAAAUUGUACAAGGAUUUGCUGUUGCCUUGAAGAUGAAUGCCACGAAGAAAGAUUUCGACGAGACCAUACCUAUACACCCCACAGCUGCAGAGGAGUUCGUCACCAUGCAUCCCUGGAUGAAGUGA